ACUACUCACAGCUUGCUUGAAGCGUCCGAGUCGAGUGCCUCAUUCUCUGACUGUGAAGGAUAUUUAAGGCUUUCAACGUCCUUGAUUGAAGCUCAUCAGGAGAGUCCCCGGGAGAUCUUAGCUUAUACCACCACACUACCUUCAUAUCGACGCGACCGCAGUCGCCCCCUUUCACCGGACUAUGUCUCUCAACUGAACCGCUCAAACUCUCUCAACUUUGGCUUCCGACUCUCUGGAUCUACCUGUCGACUAUUUCGCUCUAGUCAUAUAUCACUUUACUCUGUUCCGCUCUGCCUAAAGCAUGCUAGACUCUAUCCUACUCGUGGUAUGCAUCUGCAUCGUCGUAGGUGUUGUUGCCUACCUCUUCUACUUCAACCGUUUGAUUGGGUUCCUCCUCGGUCUCUUCUGUAAAUUGGCUUUUUGGAACUCGGGUGAAUCGAGUAUAUGGGUCUCAAUUGGUUCCAUACAUUUCUCCAUCCUCGCAGGACGAAUCUCUUUUAAGGAUCUACGGUACCACUCAGCAAACCAGACCAUACUCGUGGUGAAGGGUCAAAUUAGUUGGAGAUAUUGGAUUCGUGCACCAGCCGAAGAGGACGACCUCAGUCAUGCUCGGGUCAUUGGUGAAGGCGCGGAACUCAAGCCAAACACGCCACUUUCAUGUCGUGUCAACGUAUCAUUACGCGGUCUAGAGUGGUUCAUAUACAAUCGGACCGCUGCCUACGACAACAUCAUCUCUGCUAUGGAGUCCUCUGCAGCGCAUUCUCCAGAACAAGACCCUGCAAGGCCAAGCGGAGAAGGGAGGGCCUCUGUACGCAAGAUAUUCAGUCGUGGUUCGGCUGCUCCGGAUUCUUCGAUUCUGGGACCUCCGGGGUCCUUAAUAUCCUCCCUAUACCGGAAAGCUCCUACAUUUCUUAAGCGAGCUUCGUCUUGGAUACAUGCUCAAUUGCCCAACUUGGAUCCCAGAGACUUACUUCCUGUAGGACUGGAAGCAUCUACUGCCGCAAUCACAUGCGGCAAUCCAUCCACACCCAACUUACUCGUUGUUGAAUUCUCCAAAGCCAGCGGGACUUAUGGUAUAGUACCAGCUCGGUCGAAGCACGAUCUUUACAAGCAGGUACUCAACUUAACCUUCAGAGAUGCUUCUAUAUGCUACGUCGACAACAACAAUUACCAAGGGAACAUGAGCGAAGAGGGCCGAAAAGUUCGCAACUCCAUACGUCGCGGCCAAAGCCCCCUCCUUCGACGUCUUUCCUACCUCUCAUUCCCCAUAUUCCAGAAGCUUUGGCGUCAUCUCAAACUCUGGAGGGUGGCGGCGGACCCGUUCUCUCGCCCUAUCAAACCAAUUUUCCCACACCCAGCUGCGGCCUGGAACAGACGCAAGGCAGCCAAGUCGGCUGAAGAUGCUACGCCGGUUGGUGCAGAUUUCUCGACGUUGGAAUAUGCAAAAGAGAGCAAGAUAUUAGAAUGUCCGAGGUUGGAACUUCUAUAUUAUGCGGAUGUUGUGGGGAUUGUGCCUGUUGUGCCCGAGGCGACAGCUGCGCUUGACCCGCAGGAUAUUGGGAACGGGGAUUUACCACCUGAGUGGGGGAUUGACUUAGCGUUAAAUGGGGGCUCGUUGCGAUAUGGACCUUGGGCUGAUCGACAACGCGUUCAUCUGCAACAGACUUUUAUGCCAUCUGCCUUUACCGAUACCACGCCAAAUCCUCACCUGAAAACAGGAGAUGUUAGAGUUUGGACGAACUUCAAAGUGUUCUUAGAACUCAGAGAAGGUGUUGUCCUGCAAGUACCAUUUAGAGAGGCCUCGAAGAAUUGGAUGUGGGAUGGCAAAGUAGAGGUACCAAACAGGCCAAGAAUUCGUGAAGCUGCGUCAAUACAUGUCAAGACUGGCGAUACUUCGACUAUAAGCUAUCUUAUGCCGAUGGUUGCCAAUGCGAAAGGAUACGAGCCUACCCUGGAAGUCCAUCUGGAUACAGUGUCUGUUACAACCAGCCUCAACGACAUCCGACUUUUGCAGGCGGAAUCUUGCCGAGUCCGAGGCGAACUUCCAUCACCUUUAUGCUGGAAAGAUGCCCGACAAUGGACAUUCGCGAUUACUUUCCGGCAUCCGACCAUAUACCUUCUGCGUGAUCAUGUAAAUAUGCUCACGGAUCUAGGUCGAGAUUGGAGUGCAGGUCCACCCAGUGGCUACCAUCGCUUCAUUCCUAUGCUAUAUGCGAUCGAGCUUGAUCUCCAAGGCUACGAGAUCAAUACAUACGUCAAUGACCAGAAUAUCAUUGACAAACCUUUAAUUAGGGAGGAAAACGCUUUAUUAACCCUCCGUGGGACUCGGUUGAUGAAUACCGCCAAAAUCCCUCUGACGAAAUUCAGACCAGUCUCUACCGCCGUGGCAUUCUUUAUGGAUGCUCCUGACAUUGCAGUGAGCCUGUCACUUCCUAGAUGGAACACGCACAAUCUCUAUCCGGGCCCGCAUCGAAGUGACAUAGGUCGUGUCGGCAGGCUGCGUUUGGAUGGAUCAUACAGAUAUUAUGCAGAAGUGCAUCCGGAAUACGUGGAUCAGCUAGUGCUAGACUUCACUGCUCGCGAUAUUGUAUAUAAGGCCUGUGGGUGGACAAUGCGCCACUUCAUGAUCCUGCGCGACAAUUACUUUGGCACAUUCACGCAUUUCUCCACCCUCAUCGAGUAUCUUCAGAAACACCGAGCUGGAAGGCCUGUUGGAGAUCCAAUUGAUCUGCAGUAUAGGGCAGGAACUUCGAAUUCAAUUCAUGUCCAGUUGGGAUUCGACCUUGAUUACGGAGUGAUGGUUGUACCAGCCGGUCUACCAGGCUAUGAAGUCUACAACCUCAAUGAGGCAUAUAACUUGGACAAUAUCGACAUCGGCGCAUCUCUGGUCUUGGUCUUACCGACUCUACAGCUUCAGUUAAGGACACAUCAGUACUACAUGGAAAUGUCCCUCGAUAUCGAUACGAUCUUCGGGCACGUUCAAGAACAUUUAUCUGAACGUCUGGUGCUUCACCCGACCGCUCGCAUAUCUGGCAACGAAGACUUGGUCCUUGAUGGUCUCCACAUAAAUGCCAACCGACUAUUUGGCCCACAGCCGCAUACGUCAACAUACGUUUGCAUAUGGGAGAUUCAGCUAUUGAGUGUCAAAGGAAUCCUCUCCACUUUGAAAGCGCGAAUACUUCAGGCUGCUGGCUCAGCAUUUGGCUUUGGCUUUAGUGACCCACUCAAUGCACCCGCCGCUGAGUUCGCCAUACCUAGCGAUCCUGAUGUGACUUUUCUAAAGAUUUCCCUCGGCAGUGCGAACAUCGUGUGGAUUGCCCCAGAUGCAGCCGUUGACAUUUCGCUUCCAAGUGGCAUGCGAUUCGAAAGCAACGAUGCAGCAGGGAAGUCCUACGCCAAAGUCACCAGCGUUAGGGUGCCAUCGAUGACGGCCAAAACCUUGCUUGCCUCUCCUUCCCUGCCGAACGUUUGGUAUGAGGCUGCAGAAUUUGCCGCAGACGCUUACCUAGAUAUAUACUCUGCACCAACUGGGUGGCGAGAAAAGGCAACUGUGCAAACUGCGUUCAUCGCAGCUCAAGACAGCCUGACUCGUCGCAUCGCAUUUCUGUAUGACCCUGAGGCCAAUGCAGGCCCCGGUAGACACUCUCUAUUUGAUACUGAUAUGUAUCUACCGUCGAUUCGCGUCCCGAAGUGGGUGCCGUCGCCUGCUAACGCCCGCAGUCCUCAACCACAUACAAAACCUUACGGACUUGAACAAUCGCGUGUACUUGCUGAGACGGAAUCUGAGGACGAGGAAGGAAGUCAAGUGGUCAAUCUCGAUGUCAAGCUAGCCAACUCGCACCCUCCCCGUCGGGUGAAAAAUAGCGACGAGGGGGAGAGUAUGUCAAGUGGGGACGAAUCCGACAAUGACGAUUUGACCGACUUUGAAAGUGAUAGCGAGGACACCGCUUCAAUAGAUCAUGCACGAUCUACCUGGUCGCCCCUUCGGGAAUGCGCAAAGUGGGCUGCCCGUUAUUGGGCACCUGCUUUACGGCGACCUUCUCUGUGGAAAGGCUCACCAUACACCCUUGAAAGAAGAAACCCAGUAUCUAGGUUUAGAACGCCAGUCACAAAAACAGAACCUAUAGAAUCUCCCUUCAUGAGAUCGAUUGUGAAGGAGGAUGUUCUAGAUGCCUACGAUGUGACGGUCUUUCGUUUCAAUAACAAGCUUGGCAUUCGGAUACAAGUCACACCACUCUUGUUAUCUGCUUUGAAGGCUCUCACGAUGGAACUUAGUACAAACCGGCUUAGUCCAGAACUCCGCAUCGAUGCGGUUGUUGCUAGCCAUGUGAAGUCUUUGUCCUCCCCGAUGCCGAGUACACCGUCUUGCAUGGCAUUCGAUGCACGCGUACAAACCAUUGAACUUGAUUUCACCCAGCCCUACGCGGAAUUACAUCGUACUCCGUCGGAGAGCCGUGGUAAUUCACCUGACUUGGGUCACCAUCUGUCCACCAUUGGCCUCCGAGUGGUUGGUCUGAGUGCAAAGGGGGAACGAGUUUCUACUUCGGACUCCUUAGGAGGCUUCGCCCUUCACUCCGCAUUAGACACACUCUGUUUCCACUUACGCGGGUUUCCCAAACCUAAUGUUCCAGUCGAAGGGCAAGACAGAGAGCCUCUUCUCAAGUUGAAACGUUCCAGCCUGUCCAUAGCUCGCAAAAACGUAUCCGCUUCCUUAGGACAAACCCAGAUUGAGCUGAACCAUGCUCUUCCUGAGCUUGCAGCCAGCUCGAUGCUUUCGAUCCUACAGUUUAUCCAGAGGGUAUCAAUCAUCUUCAAAGAAUCAUCUACAUCUAUGCGGCGUUUGUCUGAAGACUUUUUAUUUGACAUCAUUCAUUCCUCUCGAGGCAAGCCGAUCAUGGAUUCUCUUUCAACAUUCCAACCGUCGUACCUCAUCCAGAGUGGGAGGCCGCGCCAAAUCAGAACGGAUCUUGCAUUCAAAUAUAUUGUGCAUCUGCGCCUCUGUCUCCACCAUUUAGAGUCUUCACAGCGUCAAUCACUACAUCACACCUCACAGGAAUAUCACUCAACGCUAACUUUGGAACAAAUCAAGUCUGAGGUCGAAGAACAGCUUCUACAAGCUGGCAUGGAUUUUGAGGCAGAUGCCUUCCCAUUGCAAGCUGUCUUUCCGGACACUUUUCCAGAUACAUCAUCUCCUUCGACCGAGGCUGGUGAUGGUGGGUCAUCGGCUACUGUUCGGAUCGAGUUUUUACAAUUUGGGAUCUUGCUCAAUCAUGACGCAACGUCUUUUCGUACUGAAUUCCGAGGCAGGGAGUUGGUACUGUCCGGUUCCACACGACGUGCCCAAUGGAUGCAAUCUUCUAGCCCUACUAAGAACACUAUGGCAUGGUCCUCUCACGACAAUGUCGGUGCUACCAUUCGUCAGAUUGUUAUUUCGGUAUCUUUUGGCGACGUCUACUUCAUGUUAUAUCCUCAGAUUCUGCCAUUUGUUCAAAACUCUAUCCGGGCUGCAAAAGCGUUCCAAGCGUCGCAUUUGGAAGGACAAGAUCGCAGCGACAAUGUCGACGAACGUUUGAGCACGGGUUCCACUCCUCAUCAAUUACCGAUGUCCGUUGAUGUUGUUCUUACUUCCAAGUCCUUUCGAGUCAAAGCUGCUGCAGAAAAGUUGAUUAUAGAUUACGCGGCCUCGGGUGUUCUUUACACGUCUACUACCGUGACCGAUCCCCUAACGGUAACCUCUACAAACCAGUCACUCUCUUUCUCGCAGCUCAAGCUACAAGCGUGUUCCACGAUGGAGAGUACGAAACUUAGGGAAAGCUCAGUCCUCGCCUUACUUACUUUGCAAAACGGUGGACUUAGCACUCUAUUCAAGGCCAUGCCACAUUCCGCAUCGUCCCUCAAGGUCGUGUUCAAGCUCGGCGGUGCUCACUUGAAUGUGCCACGGAGUGCUAUGCGGUUGUAUCGAUUUGCGGAAGAGUGGAAAGCAGACUAUUUCCCUAGCUUCGAUGCCACGAUGCGCGCAAUGUUGUCUGAGCUUAGAGGGAAAAGGCAGAAUGGGGGCGAACAACCAGUUCGGCACGAAGAGACAAUGUUUAUGACGAUGCAUUCAGAAGUCACAUCGUUGCGUGUCUCAUUACAAGUAAUGCGUGGAACAUGGCUGUCAUGGGAAAUAUGCCGCACAUUGGCUUACUUCACCUCACCGGAACCACGGAAGAACGCCCAGUCAUUUGGACUUCAGAUCGGAUCUCAAAAUUUCACCGUCCAGUCUCGUUCAAAAGGAGACUCAAUGUCGGAUAUACAAGUCAAGUUUGACUUACCAACCUUCACUUUGACUGGUCACCACGAUGGAAAGCGCAUACACAGUCUUGCUCUGGUGGAAUUUUUCCACUUUACUAUCAAGCCUAGUCAUUGGGAUACUCUGCUUACUGUGCAACAGAAAUUUGGCAAUGACUUCAAUGAUCUAUUGGUUCUCAUCGAAGAAACGCGCGGAAGGAAGGAUUCUAAGCCUAGCCCACUGAAACCAACUUCGUCCUGGAAGUAUGACAUAUUUGUCAGAGUCCAAGGUUUUCGAAUCGGCCUUGAGGAUCGUGCGUCUACACUCUUUUUGGAAUGUGAAGAUAUCACCGGAGGAAUAAGUGAUGACGAAGCCGGCUACAAACGACAGCUCAAGCUGUUCGAUCUCGCUUUGUCGUUAGCACCACAAUCAGCUGUGGUCAACAGCAAGUCAUCUUUUGACAGAGACCGACGUUCCGCAUUCGUAAUCAUUGAUUCCCAAGUAAUCAUGCAUACUACCAAACAGAGGAAACAUCUGGAAAUAAUGAUCGCCAAGAUUCAUGCUGUGAUGCAGCCAAGUUCUAUCGGAGAACUCGGUGACUUCGUAGACCAUCUACAGGCCGAGGUCGUGAUUCGCCAGGAGCAACGCGCUAACGAGUUAGCUGAAUUCAGGGAGAAGACUCGCAGCGUGAUACGUACUUUCGACAUGAAAAUUGGUGAAACACAGCGAAGCUCAGACUUCGCUUGGUGGGACGAAUAUAAUAUUGAUUUAGCAGUUGGAAAUGUUGGAAUUGCAUUCCCACUUGCUGUGAAUCAAGACCUGCAGCUUCCACGUUCGGGUAGCAUUGAUUCGACAGCCGUCCGCGCGUUUCUAUUUUCAACUAAGUCUGUGGUCUUCGGGGCUGAGCACGGAGAAAGCGGACAAGUCAUGGUCAAGGAUUUUUCUUUUCAGUUUGUCCCUAGUUUCAGGCAGUCAGUGGGCUCCGACUUUUCUGGCCCGAGCCACUCAACACGAAAUCGUCUGAUUUAUCCAGAGAUGACCGCCAAACUGAAGGUAGAACGGCUUAUGGACUCGAGGCGUAUUCGUAUAGGCGCCGACGUCGACGGUUUCAUUCUAGACGUCGAUUCCUCCAUGCCUGACUACGUAUUCUCUCUGAUCAACGUCUAUCGCGAAGGGAAAGAACGAGUCUCCAAGCUUGCUAGCACAAUGCCUCGAUUACCAACUGAGGUCGACGCUCCGACUCAUCCACGAUCAGUCCUAACUUCAGACCAGUAUGACACUAUUCUCACGUCGAAUCUUCUGGCAUCCAUGGUAUUCGCCAGCGGGAAAGUGCGGAUGUACAGCAAGUUGCGGCGGCCAGAUGUCCCUCGAACCAAAUCAGCCUCUUCAAUCUUGGAUGGUCAUGAAAGCCAGAACAUGGAGCAUGGAGCUGAUAUAUUCAAUCUUCCAGUGGUGUCUGUUUGGUGUGAAUAUCGCGCAACGCCAGCUGCUGCCAAAACGCGGCAAUCCAAUCACUCGAGCCAGGCAUCCAUUCUCUUGUUCAAGAGCACAAUUCACUCAAGCCAGAACAGUCUUCGCCCCACACUCUUGCCCUUCCUCACCGAGUUCAUUGACCGAAUAGAGACUCACUUGCGGAGAAGUAGUUCGAAAGGCUCCCAUGUUCAAAUCAGUCCUCUUCAUGAACUUCAUGGAGUCACACAUUCUACUCCCGUUGAGAAGCCCAACGCAGUAACGGACACAGUGUCGAGCAUGCAGAUCAGUUUAAGCCUUCGUAUUGAUCAGUCCAGGCUUGAAUUGACCUGUCAACCAGAUGUGAACGUGGUUGGAGGUCUGCAUUGGGAUAGUGGAGGCUUUGUCGUCAAUAUUUCGCCUGGAGCUCGCCAAGUGACCUUCACGGGCAGUGUUGGGGGAUUGACUGCUGGACUCAAACACGGGUUCUUGAGCGAGGACUGCGCCAAGUUGGAUGCCCGUAAUCUAGCAUUCACUAUGACCUUCGCAAAGGUCGAUCUUGAAUCUGGGAAAUCGACAGCCUCCAUCUCUGUCGUGCUUGACACUGAAUUUUCAGGUGCGGUUCGCUUCUCGCGACUUCAGGACGUCUUGUGCUUCAAGGCCGUCUGGCUGGACCGAAUUCCACUGCUUACUGUACAAGAGAGCACCGCUCCAAGUACAAUGUCGAGGUCUCCCAGCGAUAUAUCUGUUCCUGAACCACCUAAGGAAGAGCUAGUCACCGCUGUUCUGAUCCGUUUACGUUCUGUCAAACUCAACUUAGAUUUCGGUCAAUCGAUAACGUCGACGAAGUUGACACUCAAGAAUACUCUCGUUCGGACGAAGGUGUCUGACCUCAGCGCUGAAUUAUCAUUCUCCGUUGCCUCAUUCGCCGUCGUUGCGACUGGCAACCUCUCAGGACUUAUUCGGGUGCCGGAUUUCCGUUUCGAGACGACUCGUAGGAACGAGAGCGCCUCGCGACAUGACAAGAAUGGCGUAAUGUUAUAUCUUUCAAUGACUAGUGGUCCUUUGGAUAUUGAGCUGGAUUCCGAGUAUCACAAGUUGCUGUUGUAUAGGGCGGAUUCGUUUGAGGUCAUGAUUUUCGAUGACUGGUCGAAAAUCACGGGAACACUCCCCUCCACGGAGCAACAAGUUGACUUGCAGUUCACAGUAACUGGGACUGACGUUCUCGCUGUGAUGAACGUCGGCACCAUUCCAAAGUUGGUCACGUAUGCGAACAAAUUCAGAGCCAACUUAGAGGCUCAACGGGAAGGCGCUAGUCGUGAAUCCCAGGCAUUCAGAACAGCAUUUUCUUCUGAACCGGAUAAUCCCCUAUCCGCUGUUGCCAAUGCUAUGCUCAAUACUGCGAAGAAUCGCAUGAAGGAGGCAGAGAGUGGGUUAACUUGCGUGGUGGUGCAACGUUUGAGUCUGAAGCUCAAGUUCCUUCACCUCGUCGUAUUUCCUCGGAGCAUGCGUGACGUCGAGCUUGCGCGGUUCAUCGCCUCUGACGUCCACGCCCAUUUGGAUCGUACUGUGGAGUCGGACCUUUCGCCAGCUAAUCGUGAACUUCAACUUUCAUUUUCCUCCAUGUCGAUUUCGCGAAUGGGUCAACUGAACUAUUCACUCGUCACUCGCGAGAAGACCUCAAACUGCAAGGAAUGGCUUGCUUCGUUGCUCAAAGGUGCUUCUGAAGCGACCAUUUUUGGUCUGCCAUCCAUGAACAUGUGGAUGCUCAGCGAGGAGAUUACAGAGAGAAAUGUUCGCACACUUGUCUACGACUUCAGCAGCACAUUUACCGCCAAAAACGGAAGCAAGGACCCGGAAGAUAUCUAUAUCACUCUCAACAUGUCACUUUAUUCCUGGCUCACAGUGUUACGCAAGACCUUUGCCAGGGAGAUGGAUCAGGUACAGGCAUCCGCUGAUACGCGGAACACAACCAACGGGGCCGCACCUAGCAUGUCUUCCUUCCAGCGAAAGCGAGCAACUGCCGAUAUCGCCGGACAGUCAAACCAUCUUGAACUUCCCGAACUUUCCACGGGGGCCUCCAAGACGGCACCUCCACUGUCACAUUCCCGGUCGCACUCAGUUUCUACACCCUCCGCGAGCAGUCGUCCAGAUGACCUUUCGCUUUCAUCCCCAAAUCCGGCAGCUUCUCUCAACGGAGGGACCUCCAGUUCACUUACGGCACGAGCAAUCCCGGAAGAAGGUGCUGCGAGGAGUUCGGAUGAGAACAAGCGUGCUAGCAUCGUGUACAAACCUCGUAGUCGUCACAUCGAACGUCUCACAAUGCGUCAGCUGGGUGAGGCAACUCCAGAUGUGAUGCACCCUUUCUUCAUGAAGAAGGCAGGUUUUAGUCUGGAGGACUCUCUGCCGCAAUACGUACAUGAAUAUGCGACGUUACCUACGGAAGAAAUCAUGAAGGUGCUGCUGCGGCUAUAUAGUCGGCAGUUGAAGGUGAACCAGUCUGCGCCUCCAAAGUAGUGUGGUUAUUAUUGAGACUUUUCACUCUUUUCUCUUUUCUCUGGACAUGGAUCAAUCAGGGACGGAACAGCUGUACAUAACUUACUGGUAUCUAUUUGGUAUAACUUAAGAACCUCCUAAGUCGCAUGGAAUAAGCAAGCAGGGAACCUGUCAAUAGAAGCGAUCGUACACUCGAUAUGAAGGGAUCUACUUCGUAGAACCUGUCGUGCCAACAGCAGCAGCAUUGAAAACACUAAGGAGGGCAAAACAGCCGUAGAGCAAACCAACGGGGUAUGCGACUAGCAGUCUCUGAUCUGACAUUUGCAGAACCGCAACGAAGAUACCAGAAGCUGCAUACGUGCACCAGAGUAUUGAGAG